AUGGCUUACCAAGUGAAGAAUGUACCAACGAAACCGUACCAGGAUCAGAGACCGGGGACUUCUGGGUUGCGGAAGAAGACCGCAGUGUUCACAAAUGAGCCCCAUUACACGGAGAACUUUAUUCAGGCGGUGAUGGAGGCGAUCCCGGAGGGUUGUAAGGGGGCCACGCUCGUUGUAGGUGGUGACGGACGUUACUACAACGACGUAAUCCUACACAAGAUCGCGGCCAUUGGCGCGGCGAACGGUGUCAGGAAACUGGUCAUCGGUCAGAACGGUUUGCUCUCGACCCCUGCAGCGUCGCACAUCAUGAGGACGUACAAGGAAAAGUGCACGGGUGGGAUCAUACUUACCGCAUCGCACAACCCCGGCGGGCCCAAGAACGACAUGGGGAUCAAGUACAACCUGUCCAACGGUGGACCAGCGCCGGAACCAGUCACGAACAAGAUCUGGGAGGUGUCCAAGCAACUCGACCACUACAAAAUUAUUCCGGACCUCCCGGAACUUGCCCUGGACACACUUGCGGAGAACGUCCAGUACGGACCCCUCCUCGUGGACGUCGUCGACACAACGAGGGACUACGUCGAGUUCCUCAAGGAGAUCUUCGACUUCCCUCUCAUCAAAAGCUUCAUCCACAAGCAACGGUCACAGAAACAUUGGAAACUGCUGUUUGAUGGCAUGAACGGUGUCACUGGUCCCUACGGGAAGGCCAUCUUCGUCGACGAGUUCGAACUCCCAGCGGAGGAGGUACUCCAGAACUGGCACCCUCAGCCUGAUUUUGGCGGUAUCCACCCGGACCCGAACCUGACAUACGCCAGGUCACUCGUCGAUAGAGUCGACCGCGAGAACAUCGAGUUUGGGGCCGCCUCUGACGGUGACGGUGACAGGAACAUGAUCUACGGUGCCGGUCCAGCGUUCGUCUCCCCGGGGGACUCCGUCGCCAUCAUUGCCGAAUACGCCGCGGAGAUCCCAUACUUCGCCAAACAGGGCAUCUACGGGCUAGCAAGGUCCUUUCCCACCGCGUCCGCAAUUGAUCGUGUUGCUGAGAAACACGGGCUGAAAUGCUAUGAGGUCCCCACGGGUUGGAAGUUCUUCUGUGCCUUGUUUGACGCAAAGAAACUGUCCAUCUGCGGGGAAGAAUCCUUCGGAACGGGCUCCAAUCACGUCAGGGAGAAGGACGGUGUCUGGGCGAUUAUCGCCUGGUUAAACUUGCUGGCCAUCUAUAACAGACGCCACCCAGACCGCGAUGUCUCUAUCAAGAUCAUCCAGGAGGAGUUUUGGAAGAAAUACGGCCGUGUCUUCUUCACACGGUACGACUACGAGCACGUCGAUUCGAACAGCGCAAAGAAGGUCAUUGACAAUCUGAGAUCCUACACGGAGAAACCUGGAGUUGUUGGUUCCAAAUUCCCAACAGACACAACGUUGACCGUUACUGAGUCCGGGGAUUUCUCGUACAAAGACCUGGACGGCUCUGUGUCGGAACACCAAGGUCUAUACGUCAGGUUGUCCAAUGGAGCACGGUUUGUAGUCAGACUAUCCGGGACUGGAUCCUCAGGAGCCACUAUCAGACUAUACUUGGAGAAGUAUUGCGAUGACGAGUCGAAAUACGGGUUAACCGCUGAGGAGUACUUGAAACCGGUCAUGUGCCCUGUCAUCGAGUUCUUGAAACUGAAGGAAUUCAUCGGCACCACGGAACCCACAGUACGUACCUGA